AUGCUAAUUGCAGCCCUUCAGAGCGGACGGGUAGCAUCUUCAGAUGGUCGCGCGACUAUCACGCAGAAAUGGACGACAAAAGAUCUUUUAUGCCCUCACCCCUUUCUUCUAGAACGGCCAUUAUCAAGAGAUACGACUGCCUAUAGCCAACAAACUGACCCAGGUCCGGACUACGGUCUUUUAUCCACCACCGCCUUUCGCUUUUCCAAUAACCAAGUUCGAGAGCAACCUCGUCAAGAUGCACACCAGCUUCGUGCACUGGUGGUAUCUUUCCUUCGGAUUUGGCGGGAGCUUCGACCACAGGACGUACCUCGCUACGCAUUCGUACUUCGUCCGAUCGUCUCCCAGAUAUUCCGCAUGUAUCUGAGAAAUGAAUUAGUAUUGAGUAUGGAUGAACUCGAUCAAAUGAGAGAGUUGGGUCGAAGUGUCAUUCAUCACUAUCGCAUGCGUGCUUAUUCCAGAGCGAUUGGUGAGGAGAGGAGCGAGACUAAUGCCAUAGACCGACUGGCGGACCGGCUCCGAGGGCAGCAUAUUGGUAUUGGGACUCGUGUGGUCAUCAAUGGAGUUAAUCCGAGAGAGCCAUUGUAUUCAACUACUCAUAUGGACUGGAAUCUAUCACCAGACCGACCGGGGCAGGCAUUCAACUAA